AUGGAUGGAAUGUAUAUGAAGAUCUGUGGAUUUGUACUAGAUUGUGGUAAUGACCUGCACCAUCAUUCUAAUUCUGUGCAGAACAGACUACCAGUGUUCCGCGAGGCGCGGAGGACCGUCCCGAGCGUGGUCUACAUGCCCCAGAUCAGCGAGUGGUGGGAGGCCAUCAGUGACACCGUGAGAACGACAUUCCUGACCCUGCUUCAGGACAUCCCUUCCUUCUCGCCGAUCCUAAUCCUGGCUACCUCGGAAAUCGCUUACAGGGAGCUGUCGGAGGAGGUGAAAUGCAUCUUCAGGAGCAGAUAUGGUGAAGUAGUGAGUCUGAAGAGACCAAGCGAGGAUGACAGAAGAAGGUUUUUUGAAGACUUGAUUGUUGUACAAGCAGCCAGACCUCCAGCACGAAGGAAAAAUGCAGCCCUUCUUUCCCUGGAGGUGCUUGCUCCCGCUGUGCCCCCGCCGCCCCGCCAGCUCUCCGAGGAGGAACAGAAGAGGCUGGAGGACCAGGAGGAGACCACACUGAGGGAACUGCGGCUCUUUCUCAGGGACGUGACCAAACGGCUGGCCAACGACAAGCGUUUUAACAUCUUUGCCAAACCUGUGGACAUUGAGGAGGUUUCGGAUUACCUUGAAGUUAUUAAACAACCCAUGGAUUUGUCAAAAAUCAUGACCAAAAUCGAUACACACAAAUACUUCACUGGGACGGAGUUUCUAGCAGAUAUUGACCUCAUCUCCAGCAAUGCUCUAGAGUACAAUCCGGACAAAGACCCAAGAGAUAAAAUAAUCCGGCAUAGAGCUUGUACCCUGAAGGACACCGCGCAUGCAAUUUUUGCAGCUGAGCUGGAUCCGGAGUUUAAUCGAAUGUGUGACGAGAUCAAGGAAUCGAGGAACAAGAGGGGUUUCCAGACGACAGCAGAACAAACAGAACCUUUUGGUUCUGCGUCCAGAAGAAUGGGAACUAGAGGUGAAGAGGCGGCUCGGGGAACACAAGGAAAUGGAACUGAAGGCUCUUCAAAUAAGUGCAGCAAUCACAUCAAGCGAAAGGCAAGGCGGCGGCCGCAGUGGGGCCGGGGCAUCAUCCGGAGGAGGAAGCAUUACCUAAAGAAGGAGGAGGAGGAGGAGGAGGAGGAAGAGGAGGAGGAGGAGCUGGGGGGAGAGGACAGCGAACUGGCCGAGUUUGGGGAAUUAGAUGCCAGCACUGACUGUCUGGAUGACACGGUGAGAGAGGAGCCGGCUGAUAACUCGCUCACCCGUGACGAGUCCUCCUGUGAUGCCAUGAGGAUGGAGCAGGAGCAUCCUCCUGAAAACGGAACCCCCUUCCGGCAGAAUGGCCACCUGCCUUCCAUGGAGGAGGAGGAGGAAAGCUCCAAUGAGCCAAUUUUGCCAAGCACCAAGUCAGAAUGCCUAGCUAUAGAAACAAAACUGAGCGAGGCGCUGCUUGUUUCCAGCCCUGUCCCUCCUAAGGAGCAGGACUGCAUAAACGGCGAUGACUCCCUGGAUAGUUUGGACAGCGAAGCCAGUCGUAAGAGUGCUGAAGACAAGGAAGCCUUGACCCAGGGAGACACGCCUCAGGCAUGCGAACCCACGGGCGAUGGGUUGACGACCCAGGAAGAUCGUUCUGCCCCUGAAAGCCAAGACCAGGGGAAAGAGGGGAUGUUUGCCCCAACUUCAGAGGAGACCACAGCAUCCCAGCACACCAAGGAGUCUGAAAGGAAAGAGAUGGAAUAUGAGAAGGAAGGUGUAUCCAAGAUGAAGUGCCGGAAAACUCUUUCAGAGCAACUGAAGACAAUAGACGUGGAAAAAAGGCCAGAAAAAACACCGGAACCCAGUCCUCCAGUCAUUGUGAACUGUGAAAGAUUAGCGAGUCUCUUACAGCUGGUUACCAAGAAGAGUGAAAACUACACUGUUGAUCAGUUAGAGAGACUGUUCUCACUGUUGAGCCAGUGCAUAUAUCAGCACCGCAGGGACUAUGACAAGACACAUCUUACAGAGGAUAUGGAAAGAACAGUUGAUACUUUUGAAACAUUCCUGUGAUUUGAUUUGAAAGAAUACAGGUUGAUCCUGACAAACUCUUUACUGACAGAGAUCAGUCUUCUGAGCCAUUUCUUUCCUUCAACAUGGAGCUUGUUUGGGGAAAAAAAAAAAGAAAAGCUCCCUCUCACUUUGUACUGGCGACUUUGGUGCUAUUGUCUCAGGAACCUGGAACCAAACACAGACCUGUAUCAACGGUUAUCUGUCGUCAACAGACACAGACAGAGGCCGAUGCUGUUUGCAGAUUCUGGUGCUAUCUGCUCCUGGUUUCAAUAAUUAUAAAUAAACAAGUACAGUCAAUAAAAAAAGAAAAAAAAACAUUAUCUUAGCUACCACUGGAAUACAGGGAGCUAAUGGGGAGAUCAGUUAAAUCAGCCCUUAUGCUGCUUAAGCAAACUGUAGAACCUUUUCUAGCCACUGGCAGAAGUGACCAAAACCUUUUUUUUUUUUUUUUUUUUUUUUAAUGCAAUUGCUGUGCCGUUAUACUGUGUCUACUUUCCAAACCUAAUUUGUAUGUUUUAGAAGUGCUCUGCAUCACGCACAUGUAGGUACAGCUAAUCAAUAUAACCAUGCUUGCCCAAAAAAAAAAAAAAAAGAUGUAUUUUUAAUUUAAUUUAAGGAGAUCCCCUUUGGGCUAA